AUGUACGAGGAUUACGAUGACAUAGAGGAGGUCGACACGGCACUCCGGAAUGACCCCCGCGCCAUCGCCAUAAACCGCUUUCAUCGGCAUGGACGCGGAACGUGGCGUGACUUGAAGAGGGCAACUAUGCAAUACGACGCUGUAGAUGACGGUUGCCAAGAGAUUCUGCACAGAAUCAUUGCCGAAGAGAUAGUCUUCAGUCGUCAUAUGGAAUAUGCCGUCUCAAUUCUCUUACCCUCGAUAUACAACGCUCGCCCCAACCUUGCGCCUGCCUCAGAGCUCGCCGAUUUCGUCGGCACGGUCUUUUUCAACAUGCACCGAAUCUCAGAAGGGCACCAUGCUCUUGCUCAGCGCUACCGCGAGAUACAAAUUGAACAAUUUCCCGUACUGGAUGCCGUGGACGUUGUCGGUCCUUUGACUUACACGAUCGUCGAGCUCCAGAGCGUAUACUCAGCGUUCCUCGCACACAACCUGUUCGCGCUCAGCAAGCUAGAGGUGGAAGAGACAACGAACUCCAGUUUAAGAGCUUACCUGUCGCGCAUGACCCGUGCGCCAUCAUCGUGCGGCCAAGACCUCCACACUCUCCUCUCCGCUCCCGGCCUACACCUUAACUCGAUUUGCCAGCACCUGUCCUCGCUCCUCGAGGUCGUCACGUCCGACACUGAGGCGGAGGAAAUUCUGGUCGACAUUGCCGUUUUAACCGCGCUCCAAGAUAUCGAACCCGCCCCAGCGAGCGAGGACGAAAAGGAAUUUGAUCGGUUAGAGACGCGGGAGCGCAGUCUCUUGGGCAAGAGCGUCUGGGAAGACGACGACGACACAAACUCGCCUUCCAUGAACGAAGUUGCGAAAGAGAGCCAGUCCAAGCGUGAUUUCUGGUUUCUCCAUCCCUCGGACGAGUUCGGACAGGCGGCCGGCCAAAGUCAAAGCUUAUCGCCUCCCUCCAGCGACACCGCGUACCCGCAGAAAGUGGCUAGCCAGAUCAAGCAGUAUCCUUCCUCUGUUGGAAGACCAAGCGAGGCUACGGGCGGUGUCCCUCCCUUGGUAGCGCGAUUCGCUCGACCUCGAUUGGUGACAGUACCGGCGGUCGCCGGCCCCAGCACAUUCCCGACGCCAGCAAAGUUCGCUACGAACGCCCGUGACGAAGGGCUGGGCGCCAUCAAGAGGGAAGCACAGGCACGGUUUGCGCGACAGCAGCAGCUUGAGGCGAUGAGAGCGGUCGAAGAGGAAGUACGAGCUGAGCUUCACGAGCCCGAUCACGACCAUGACGCGGACGUGCACACGGGUCAGAAAGACGACCCGCGGGGCCUUGUCGCCAUUUGGCAGGCUGAAGGCGAGGCGCACGGGCUCCCUGGUGGGUUGCACGAGACCUCACGGCCGGCUUGGCUGGACAGGGGAAAGCAGCGUGCCGAUUGGUUGUAUGACGAUGAUGUCGCAGAGCCCACCGACCAGGGCGCCGACCGGAGUUAUGGAGCACCCAUAGCAGCGUCGAAGGGCCGCCCGCUUCCUUCUCUUCCCGGGUCAGGGCCGUCGAAUCAGACUGUGUGGGCCCCGUCGGCGGGCAAUGCUCCAUCAUACACCCCCCAGAAUCACCCCAAGGUCACCGAUGCAGCAGCCACGGUGGAUCGCACGACGUCGUCCGAGUCAACUCGCCCUCGAGAGUCUGAUGCGCGAACAUCCGCACGCAAACCUAAUUGUGACGCCCCCGAGAUGCCCACUUCUACGUCUGAUCGUGACAUUGAAGACGAGUGGGAGAUGGUUCUCGACGAAGAGGGCUUACUGAGGGCGUCGACGGGGCAGGCAUCAUCCCAACAGGAUCGUGCAGACGUGGAUCUGGACUCGGGAUCGGAAGACGGCGUGCUUGUUUGAAUUGUACAUGCUUCACUUUGUCCUGUGUGCCAAUCCGUUAUACUUCUUCACGCUCUUGAUGCUUGCUCCAUGAUCUGCGAUCGUUGGACAUAC